GUAGAGUCGAGUUUCGUUAAACUUUGAUAUGCAAAUAUCAGAGUCAACAUGUAACUUUAAUAGUUUGGGUAUUAUAACCUACGUAAAUAUUGUGGUGUUUCUUUUAUGUGUCGUUUUAAGGAACAAUAUUCACUCCCAGUCAGUGAGCGCUAGUUGUCCUACUUUCACUUUUCCGGAAAAUUGGUUUCUGGAGCUAGAAAGACGAAUCCUAAUGUCAAAUGAUAAACAAACGUCUAUUCACAGUAAUCAUAUUGCAGAAGUUCACAAUGUUCCGAUAUCGGUGUUGAUUAGACCAUUCACAUCAGUGCUAGACGAAGAUAAAGUGAAAUCCCUGAUGAAAACUCUGCAAGACGAAGACCAAGCAGAUAGCGUUCCUCCAAUUGAUGUUCUUUGGAUUAAAGGGCAACAGGGAGGGGACUAUUUUUACUCUUUUGGAGGAUGUCAUCGAUAUGAAGCACACAGACGACUGAAUAGAGAAACGAUCCCCUGUAAACUGUUUAGAUCUACCGUCAGUGAUCUGCGAACAUAUUUGGGAAGCUCAACGCCAGAUCUGCUCUGAUUAACUUUAAUAUUCCCAUUGUUUUUUCAUAAUAUUUAUGCAUUGAAUUGAAACAAGACGGGUUUCAGUCUUUACUUAACACUAUGGAAUCUCAAGAAAAGUGUUUUGAGGCAGAAGGAGCGUACUUUGAGAAACAAUGACGUCGGAUGUCUUGAAACUUAACAGCGACAGCGCCGGGUGAUCAUAUAAUGUCUUUUGUGUGUAAUGAUCAUUUGACAAAUUAUCAACGUAUCAAGCUAAAAUUGUCAACACUUCCAAAAAUUUUAUUUAUUUUUUAUAUUCCUUAUAAAUUCUGUUAUCACCAA